AUGAUUACUCUCAAAUCUUUUCUACUCCCUGCUAUCGGGCUGCAAACCCUAGCUGGGGCGUUUGUUCUACCCCGAGAAACGGAUUCUACCCCCAAUACACACUGUGGCUCGGAUUUCUGUACCUGGUGGCACGACACGGCCGAGAUAAACACAGCCACUGCUGUCGAAGCAGGCAAUGUCCGGCAAUCUCACCAAUAUCUCGUUCAGGUUGCCGCUGCUGGGUCGAACACCUCAUACGAUUCCUUCGUCUACGAAAGCAUUCCUCGCAAUGGCAACGGAAAAAUCCAGACCCCCGGAGAUACCAGCGACACAUUCAGCGGCGACGAUGGAAUUUCAAUUGAGAUUGAUGCUGGCAUCAAUAUGGCGUGGUCCCAGUUUGAAUAUAGUGAGGAUGUCGAUGUCACCAUUUCCCGCAGAGACGGUCAGGAUGUUGGCAUGGACCUUAUCAUUCGGCCGAGUACCAUUGCGUAUGAACUCAGUUACGCGGACAAUGCAGUGAUCAUCCGUGUCCCUGCUGAUGAAAACGGACGCAAGUUUUCCGUGGAGUUCGGCAACGACCUUUACACCUUCCGGUCUGAUGGAGAAGCUUAUACCACCGACGGAUCAGGGGAAGUCGUUGGGAUUGAACCCAUCAACGCUCUGCUCAUCUUCGCCAGCCCAUUCCUCUCAAGUGAUCUUAUCCCAGCCAGCGAUGGUGCCGACACCGUGGUGAUGACACCUGGUGCAUUCACCGCAAAUGACAUUGGCUCGGCAUCUAUUGUCUACUUCCCGCCCGGCGUGUACUAUAUCGACUCGGACCCUCUGGGUGAAGCUCACAUCAAGCUCGAUCCUAACACCUACUGGGUGUACCUUGCCCCUGGAGCGUAUGUGAAAGGAGGAAUCGAAUACACCACUACAGCCCAGGACUUUUACGCCACAGGCCACGGUGUUUUGUCUGGGGAAAUCUACGUCUACCAAGCAAACGUGGACCAAGGCUACACAGCAGUCAAAGAUGACGUGACUAGUCUUCGAAUGUGGUGGCACCGGAGCGUCACAAGCGGCCAAAUCUGGCACUGUGUCGGACCGACUCUGACUUCGCCCCCGUUCAACACCAUGGAUUUGAUGGAUGGAAGUUCCGACCGAGACGACAUCUCGGUUGAUAUCUACGAUUACAAGCAGGUCGGGGCCUUCUUCAUGCAGACUGAUGGCCCUCAGAUGUACACCAAUGGCAGUGUGCACGAUGUCUUCUACCAUGUGAACGAUGACGCUAUCAAGACGUAUUAUUCUGGAGUCACUGCAUCCCGGCUCACAGUGUGGAAGGCCUUCAACGAUCCGAUCAUCCAGAUGGGCUGGACACCUCGCGAAGUUUCCGGCGUUACCAUCGAUACACUCAAUAUCAUCCACUCACGCUAUCGCAAGAGCGAGAACGGUGUUCCUUCGGCCAUUAUUGGUGCUUCGCCAAACUACGACGGCAGCGACAAUGUUGAUAGCUCCAAGUCAAUCAGCAUGAGCAUUUCCAACGUCUACUGCGAGGGUCCUUGCCCUGGCCUUUUCCGUCUCACUCCUCUGCAGAACUAUAAGAACUUCAGUGUAAAGGGAGUAUCCUUCCCAGAUGGACUGAUCGGUGGCAGUGUCCCCGUCGGAGACACCAUCAUUGCUUCUACAAGUGAUACCACUUACGAUGGAUCGACUAGUCUCUCCAUGGAGCUGGACAUUUCGGGAUGGACCGUCCAAGGGCAAGCAGUGACUGGAGACAAUGCAGACUCUUUGGGUCAAUUCAACAUCAAUAGUGCCUACUCUGGACAGUGGUCAAUUUCUUCUUGA